CGGGCCUUUUCUGUGUCGCUGCUACAGGGAUACCAAGAUGGAAAUCCAGGGGCUAUCUGAUGCCCAAAACAUUCGCUCUCAACAUGGCGCCCUACGCGGAGCCACGUCGUCUCCACUUCGGGCAGCGACAGGGUCGAGACCUCGUUUUCUUUGCGCGGAACGCGACGCGGACCGACAACCCGAGCUGCCCGAUUUACAAAGAGACAACAACAACAGCAGCAGGCCGAGGACAGCACAUUUUCGCCUACUGGCGGAAAAUGGCGGUGGAGCGGGUUGUUCGCCUGUUGGCAAACCGCAGCCAACAGAUAGAUAUAAUUUCCCGGGCGAUAGACCCAGUUUGGGGCUCCAUUGCGUGGUGACGGAGAAAGAGAAUGAGCUCGGCUCUCCGCUUGGUUCUCACGAGCCGGUCAGAAGUGGCUGGAAAUACGGGAUUGCGAGUGCGGACAGUGUCAUGCAAAUGGCGCUGCCUCUGUUCGAAGGGGAAGAGGAACCGAUGCAGCAGCAGCAGCAGCAGCAGCAGCGCCAGCUCACGUUACCGUUUCCAGGUUUACGGCAGCAGCGCGAGGACGGCGUCUCCAAGGAGCCUGCACUAGCCAGGCGAACCGCCGCUACGCCGGGGAGCCUCGGCGGGGCGGACAGGGCGGACAGAACCACCCAGGAAUUGUAUGUUGUUUUGAAUGUGUUUCAAGAGGACAGCAACGGCGAGGUAAGCAAACAACGACCGGAUGUAUCGCCGGAGGACGGCGGUAGAGUAAAGGGCAAACGGCAGGAACGAUCGAAAGCGCGUCCCUGUGGCUUCAUGGAGGUUGGAGACGACAGUGGCGUUCUUCAUCGUGAAUCUAGCGACAACCUGUACUGCCAUGACGCCCAGGCCUUGACGACAAGCGAGCAUGUUUUCAAUUUACUUAACGGCAACUGCGCGAAUGUUAAGCAGUCUGCGUGUCACCGCACUGUCGAAGACGUAGUUUUGACAAACAAAUAUGGCGAUAAGAUUUGUGGACAGAUUUGUACGGAAAACAAUGGUGGUAAACUGGUCCGGGCGCUUUCGCCGCAGUCCCGUAUUGACGAGAGCAGUCUCUUGAUUUCUGGGAGCUCGUGCAUCGCGGAAGCCAUGGACACGUCGGACUUUAUCUCGGACUCGAUGCGGCUGCGGGACGAUGCAGACCCCGCCACGGCCUCCGCAAGUCCGCCAGCCAGCGAAACCUUUUCCGGAACCAUCAUGAUAAACAACCAAAGCAUCGUUGUGACAAUAGAAAACGGCAUCCUGACUCUGGCUGCCCCACCGGAGGGCCAUGUACACCGAGAGGAUGACAUGGUCAGCUUGAAGGAGCACCUGGGCAUGAAAGACCACGAGGAUAUUGUUCUUCUCAACUAUGAAAGUGGCACCAAAUCAAUCGGGAAGAUCAGCACGCUGGCAGUCCCCAGCACCAGUCAGCAGGAAGAGCCCAGACCGGGUUUGUCAGUGAGUGACUCGGAGCUGGCUCUGGUGGAUGACUGCUCGUUAUCAGAACUGGGCACUUCUCUGGACUCCUGUUCCAUCGUCAAGCAAGAGGCUGCGGCACUUUGCGCUGUCACAGAGGCUGAUCUUGUCACCCCAUCCGCCAGAGCUACUGUGGUGGGCUGUGACAAUGAGGACUUCCAGUCAGUGCCACCAGUCAGGUCUAAGAAGGACCUGGUGGUCUCUUUUUGCUGCCCAGAACCCGGCUGCUCCUGCACAUUUGACACGCGUCAGAAACUCAAAGUUCACCUCCUAAACCAUGCAGAGGAUCCUCGCCCCCACCAGUGCUCAGUGGAGGGCUGCGGCUGGGCUUUUGCAACCUCUUACAAGCUGAAGCGGCAUCUUCAGUCCCACGACAAGCAGCGACCACACACUUGCCAGUUUGAAGGCUGUGGGCGGCGUUUCACCACCGUGUACAACCUUAAGGCUCACCUCAAAGUCCACGAGCAUGAUAAUUCCUUCUGCUGUGAGAUGUGCAAUGAGAGGUUUCGCAGUGCUGCACGACUCGCCAAUCACCAGAGAGUCCACUUUGAGCCACAGAGGCCCCACAAGUGUGAAUUCCCAGGCUGUGAGAAAACCUUCAUCACCUUCAGCGCCCUCUUCUCCCAUAAUCGCACUCACUUCAGAGAAACGGGCCACUUCACCUGCACCUACCCAGGCUGCAAUAAGACGUACGACAAGGCCUGUCGCCUCAAGAUUCACAUGAGGAGCCACACAGGUGAGAGGCCGUUUGUCUGUGACUCGGAGGGCUGUGCCUGGUCCUUCACCAGCAUGUCCAAGUUGCUCCGACACAAACGGAAACAUGAUGAUGACCGUCGCUUUGUCUGUAUGGAGGAGGGGUGUGGCAAGUCUUUCACCCGGGCAGAGCACCUCAAGGGUCACAGUAUCACCCAUCUGGGCACUAAGCCCUUUCAGUGCCAUGCAGAAGGCUGUAAUGCCAAGUUCUCAGCACGCAGCAGCCUGUACAUCCACUCCAAGAAGCAUAAGCAGGACACCAGCACCCUGAGGACCCGCUGUCCUGUGGCCAACUGCUCUAAGCACUUCUCCUCCCGCAGCAGCCUGAAGAGCCACAUGCUCAAACACCACCACCUCAGCCCUGAUGUUUUGAGCCAAAUGGAGAACACGCCCAGCUUGACCCCAAGUAGUGAGCUCAUCAGCUCCAACCCAACAACAGUUGCUGGACCUGGUAUUGCUGGGGGCGACCAGCUGACCAACUUGGACCUGAGCUCUCUCUUCUCUGCCAUGCCUGGAGGCACUGCACCCACCACGGGUAUCGGUGUGGGGAUUCCUGUCGGCAGCAGCAGCUCUAAUGGCACCUUCACCAUGGACCUUUCCCUGGUCAGCUCAGGGAUUCUUACCAUUGACCCCUCCUCAGUAGGGACCACACUCUGUACUAGCACUAGCACCACGUUGGCCAAGACUGUAGACCCUCUUAUUUUAGCAGCCAGUGCUGACAUUGGCCCCCACCAUGAUCUGGAGGGAACGGUGGGCGACGUCCUGCCCCCUCAGGGUACCCUAAACCUAGAUGAUGUGCAGACUGUCACCCCAGAGGCCCUGGGCACCCUCACAGCUCUCGCCAUGCAUAGUGCUGGUGCCUCUGUGGACCCCACUCUGCAGCACCCACUCAGCUCCUCAACCGCCCUGAGCAUGGAUGCCACAGCCACCCUGGCUGUGGCAUCUGUGGCUCCUGUGACUGAGCUGCUGGCCUCACCCUCUACAGUGGUGGAGGUCGGUGGACAGGGGGGAGGUGGCCCACUACUGGGCUGUGUAGAGGUGCUGGGGUCGCCGGAAGGAGGAAAAGUCCUCACCCAGUUUGUUUUCCCUACUCAUAGCAGCAGCUUCAGCCCUCAGAAAGACCCAGAACUCAACGCCGUGUCCCCAAGCAGCUUCCUAGAAAGUGGAGGCUCAGCCAGGACGGACUACAGAGCCAUCCAGCUGGCCAAGAAGAAAAAGAAACAAAGAGGCCCAUCAGCCACCACUGCCAGUUCAGGGCCGAGCCAGAGAAAAACUAAAGCAGCAAAGGCAGCUGUUGCUCCGGCACCGCUGGCUCCCUCUGGUGUUCGCUACGGCGAAGGAGCGGCGACAGCAAAUGGAGGCCUUACUCUGCGCGACCCCGUCACCGGCGCCCAGUAUGUCCAAAUUCAGCUGCUGCAGGAUGACCCAGCCAGUGAUGGAGAUCUUGCCUUCCAGCUGAGCUCUCAGCCCUCCAGCUCCCACUCUCAGCUUACUGUCGACCUGCCCGUCAACAUCUUACAGGAACCUUCAGUGAUGGCCGAGGAUGACAACGGCUCCGACAACUCCCAGUUCACAGGAAGCACAAUCAACCUGCAGGACUUGGAGUGACCAGAAGAGAGCUGCAUGUAGGAGGUCUCUCUGAAGCCUCAUCACUGUUCGCGGUUUACAUUGACAAACACACCUUUAGACAUUUGACUCCAUCAAAUGGUUGGCCUGAAUUUUUUUCCAGGACUUUUUGGUCACGUGGGUUUGGAAAUGAUGUCACAGAUAAUGCACCUUGAGAAAAGGAUAUGAGGAUUCUUUAUUCAGAAGAUUGUGUUUGUUGCUUAAGUUCAGUUUUGUACCAAAAUCAGACCUGAGAGCCCUCUCGUGUCAGAGACAUCAGCAGCUCCCUACUGCUCUGCGUCCUAUGGUGUUAACAAUAUGUGUCUAUUCCUGGUGUCUAUUCCAUGGUGCCACCUUGCCACUCAUGUACACUCAGUGUGCCGUCUACGCUCCAGUUGCCUUACAGCCACCGGCAGGUUAUCUGCUUUAGUUUGGUGCCAUUUUUGAUUUCUCAAGUUUUGUUAGAUUUAUUUUUCUAUGUUGUUAGUAAGUUCAUGUUGAAAACAUGUCUAUUCAUGUGUCUAUAUACAGUAUGUAAGGAGUGAUUAACUUCCUGUAAUAAUCUCAUCUGUUUGUUAUUUAUUAUUUAGCUGUGUGUUUACAGAAUGGCUGAGCCAAACACAGAUGAAUUAAAGCACAAUCACAGCA